CAAGCUCCAUAUACGAAUGGCAACAAAGCUUCACCACAAGUUAUACGAUCAUGGCACGUUAUCAGCUCAUCAGCUCCCUUUUGCUCCUGACCAUUUUGGUUGCCUCGACGGCAGCGCAAGCGCCACGUCGUCUGCGCCUCCAGCUGCGUCAACGUCAGCAAUUUGCUCGCCAGGAGGUGGCACCAACGCCAUAUCCCUCGGCCGAUGAACUCAAGCCCGAGGAACCAGCUCUUAUCUAUGGCCCACCGCCGUCCACAGAUGUGGAUGAGUUGCCCGCUGAGCAGGAGCCGGAUGUGAAUAGUUUCCAACCCGAUGCUGAGCCGCAGCCAGAGCCCGAGACAAGCGACGAUGUCGAUGUGGAUGUGGAUGCCGAAGAGCUGGACACCGAUGAGAACUCCGUGGAGGCGACAACUCAAGCCGCUGCUGCUCCAGCUCGUCUGCGCAUCAGUCGCCAGCGUCUGGCCAAGUUGCAGCUGGCCAAGGCUCAACCCAAACGCUUGCGUCUUCAGCCUCUGCGUCAGCGUCAACGCAUCGCACGUCUCGAGGAUCUGUCCCCUGCUGUUGCCCCCGUUGCUGCUCCCGUGCCCGUGGCUGCUGCUGCUCCAGUCCCACAAUUCUACUAUGUCGGUGCCCAGCAGCCGUAUGUGGUGGCCUACAACGCAGCUCCACAGCAGCUUGGCUGGUAGAGA